AUGCGCUGGCCGCUGCUCGUGUCCGCGGGAGUCCUGCUGGUCGCUCUCCUGCCCUGCCCGCCAUGUAGGGCCCUCCUCAGCCGGGGGCCUGUCGCGGGCGCCCGACAAGUCCCUCAGUCCCCCCAGCCCAUAGAUUUCCUCCAGCCGCCGCCUCAGCCCCAGCAGCUCCAGCCACCUCAGUCUCGACCGGUUCUGCUCCGCAUGGGAGAAGAAUACUUCCUCCGCCUGGGGAGCCUCGGCAAGAGCCUCGCUGCUCGCUUCUCACCCAGCUCUUCGGCCCUUGCUGGAGGCAGCCGCCCCUCGCCGGACCAGGCAGCCGCCAACUUUUUCCGCGUGUUGCAGCAGCUACAGCUGCCUCGGCGCUCGCUCGACAGCCCCGCGGCUCCGGAGAGACGCGGCGGCGGGAGCGCUCUCCGCGGCCACCAGGAGGCACUGGGGAGGGAGCGCCGGUCCGAGGAGCCUCCCAUCUCCCUGGAUCUCACCUUCCACCUUCUCCGAGAAGUCUUGGAAAUGGCCAGGGCUGAGCAGUUAGCGCAGCAAGCCCACAGUAACAGGAAACUGAUGGAGAUUAUUGGGAAAUGA